UAAUUUACGAUAUUUGCUGAUACAAGCAACGAUUUUUUUCUUCUGAAUAAAAAGUGAAAAAUUUUCAUCAAAAACGAGAUUGAAUUACAAAAAUGACGACGGAUUGGGAUGAAAUAAAGCGUCUAGCAGCUGAUUUUCAAAAGGUGCAACUUUCAUCGACGCUACAGAGAUUGUCGGAGAGAAAUUGCAUUGAAGUCGUUUCCUUGCUGGUUGAGAAGGGAUUGCUGGAGAUAAUCUACACGAAUGAUGGGAAGGAGUACCUUACGCCCGAUCAUCUUUCAACGGAAAUCCAGGAUGAGCUGUACAUCAAUGGGGGACGUGUGAAUUUGACUGAAGUCUCCAAGACAGUCAACGUGGACUUGACCAAGGUCACAGCUGCAGCUAAUAGGAUUGCCAAUAAGAGUAAGGAUGUUCAUCUGAUUUUGGGUCAGCUGAUCAAUGAAGACUACCUCCAGCGAGUGGCUCUGGAGAUAAAUGAGAAGCUUAUUCAAGCUGGAGAAAUAUCUGCUGCCAAUCUUGCUGAACAAUACGAUUUGCCAGCUGAUUUUAUUCUCCAGAAAAUCAUUGAAAAGAACCUCGGAAAGACGAUUCAUGGCAAGAGAGAUCCAACGGAUUCGAAAGUAUUCUUCACUCAAACUUAUAUCUCUCGUUGCAAGGCCAAGAUUCGCGGAGCUCUUGCCGCAUUGUCACGUCCAACGCCAAUUGCAUCAAUUUUGGGACAGUGCAAGAUUAAAGAUAAGAUCUUCUAUGCGCUAAUUGAUGAGAUUACCUUCGAUGGGAGUGUCACGUCGAAAAUGUCUGGUGCUCAGUAUAUUCCGAAUGUCUACAAGAAGGCCCAGAAUGAGUGGGUGACGUCGCUUUUUAAGCAAAAUGGUUACGUUCAGCAUGACACCCUCUCGCAUUUUGGUAUUUCCGACACAAAAGCCUUCAUUCAGCGUCAGCUGCCCAAUGAGGAGUUGGUUCAUUUGGAGAAGUGCACCGUUGGCAAGAGAUUUGUUGAGCAACUCGAAGCUGCAAUUGAUGAAUGCAUCUCCAGUGCAUCGUAUUUGGAUGUUACGACGAUCCUUCCGUCGGAUCUAAGUCAGGGUGACAUUGAGAAACUCCUCGAGAUGGCUGUAAAACCAACAGUAGCCAGGAGUAUUCUUAUCUUGGAGACCACUAUCCUCACGCAUACUUUCCUCGAUCGUCUUGUUGCGCCGGCAAAGCAAAUUAUGGAGCAGAAUGUAAAGAAAUCCAUUGAGAGCGGCAAAUAUCAACAAUAUUUGGCUGAAAAAUUGUCUUCCGGUCGUCCGGUGGGUGCUCAAGAAGGGACAGGAGACUCCAAGACAGAUCGUCGUGAGGAACGACGGCGAAAGGCAGCCGCGGGAAAAGGUGGUGGAGGCACUCAAGGGCGUGAAACCAAGACAAAAUCCACGAAGAAACACUUCCGCGGGGGUGGAGGUGAAAAGGGUGGUGCUUUCGAUUCGGAUUCCGAUGAUAAUGGAAAAGUAUCAAAGAAGAAGAAUGCAUCAACCAUUGAAUUAAUCACUGUUAAAGAAAUUGUCGGUGUGAUUGAAUCAUCUCUCGAUAGUGAUGAUUUAUGCUAUCUCGCAAAAGACAUUGCCUUGCAUUUUUAUCCACAAUUGAGUAAGGAAGCUCUGCAGACGGCACAACAGGUGUUCGAAGCGAGUUUGCAGAAUUCCACGCAGAAUCGCCGCCAGACGCAUGCUGCCCUGCAGGAGAAGUUGAAUAAUCUCAUAGGGGAUGUGCGUCUGUAUGAGAAAGGGCUGAAGCUCUUUCCCACCGAUGUCCAGCAACAGUUGAUAAAAUAUCUACUAAAGACCCUCGGUACGGACAUUGCGAAUGAACUUUUCUUCUACGUUGCCACGGAAUGCAGCCUCAAUUAUAGCACGUCCACCCUCACGACGGAGCAGAGGAAUAGCAUUAUGCAGGAAUGCAACCAAGAAUACAAAGCUGCAUUAAUGGCGCUCAAUAAGAGCAUUUCAGGGCAAUCUGUUGAUGAUUUUUUGAGUGCAAGUGAGAGUGCACUGCAAGAAUGCAGUAUGAUCCUCAAGAAGAUAGACAAGAAGAAAGAUCGAUCACUAAUUUUGGGACACAAACACGGUCUUCUAGAGCAACUGGCUAAUUGUACGGAUCCCGCUCUUGUUCUUCACUUGGCCUGUCUCGUUAUCUUCACCAUUUCCACACAGUGUAUGCUUCAUGCAUCUGGACGUCAUGUGGCUGCAAUUUUGGCAUUUUUGCAACCGCAAUUGCAACAAGAUCAAUCGCAGCUUCUUACGCAAUACCACGAUCUCGUGCUGAAGGUCUUGACUGUGGCUGAGGACGAUGAGGAGGGAAAGGAAAAGGUGCUAAGUCAACUUGGGGAUUUGAUGCCCAAAGUUAAGGAUGUAGCGUCGUCGUUCAAGAAGUCAGCAACAUCGAUUGAAUAAUACCCGGUAAUAUUACUCCAAGUUCUUCUUAAUCAUUUACCUCCUCUCAUGAUAUUUGAGGCGUUUUAUUACAAAAUUUGAAUCAUA